AGGUAUCCAUGUAUUUGGGAAUUCUAAGUGGAGAGGCAUGAACCUGAUUCAUUUCCUGAUCCAGUGAUGCUCCUCAGCCCGCCCCCAAACAGAGACAGCACAGCCCAGGCCAGCUCUUAAGGAGUUCAGGAGUGAGAAGAGGCCCUCAGAGUUCUGACAGCCUAUAAGUGUGUGGAUGCAGCCCCAGCCCACUGAGCAGGAGUCACAGCAAGAAGACCAAGUACAAAGGUGAGGCUGCGGCAGGAGCUGGAGAGGAGUGAGGACAGAGAAGGAAGGAUGGGUUCUGAUCAGAUGAGAGUACACUCAGGUGAGUGAUAAAAUGGAUAAAGGAGGGACUGGAUUUAGGGGAGAUGAGGACACACAUUGGGGAAAAGGGAGAGUGAUGUUGGGGAUGGAGGCGAAAAAUGAAAAAGAAUGGGAACACAGGGGAGAUGGGAAUGGGGAUGGGGAGGGGAUAAGGCAGACACAGGAACAUGGGGACACAAAGGAGAUGAGACUUGAGGGAAAGGGGAGAGGACAGAGUGACAGGCAGCAGGGCCAGAAUGAAGGGAGGAGAAAUACAAGGUGAGAGAUGGGGCACAGUGGAUGUGGACACACAGAAGAAGAGGCAGAGAUGAGACACAAAGGGAGGAAAGGAGACAAGUGCCUAGGGAGAUGGGUGAUUAGCUCAUAUGAGCAGGUAUAGGAGGACUAAUUUCUCGACUGAACACUGUCCCAGUGACCCCUGCCCUCUAUUCUGACUGCUCCCCCUAAGAGAGAUGGCACCGGCCAGAGCAGGAUACUUCCCCUUUCUGCUGCUGCUGCUGCUGGGGCUGUGGGUGGCUGAGAUCCCAGUCAGUGCCAAGCCCAAGGGCAUGACCCCAUCUCAGUGGUUUAACACUCAGCACGUGCAGCCCAGCCCUCAAGCAUGUGACUCAGCCAUGAGAGACAUCAACAAGCACACAAAACGGUGCAAAGACCUCAACACCUUCCUGCAUGAGUCCUUCUCCAGCGUGGCCGCCACCUGCCAGACCCCCAACAUAACCUGCAAGAACGGCCAUAAAAACUGCCACCAGAGCCAUGGGUCCGUGUCCCUGACCAUGUGUGGGCUCACCUCAGGGAAGUACCCGAACUGCAGGUACAAAGAGGAGCACCUGAACAAGUUUUACAUAGUGGCCUGUGACCCUCGCCAGAAAAAGGACCCUCAGCAAUUCCACCUGGUUCCUGUGCACUUGGACAGAGUCCUUUAGGCUUCCAGAUCUCCUCACUCUUCGGCUGAGCCUCAGGUCCCUCUCCUGGGCUCUGCAUCACUCCUCCUACACCCAGAGCAUUCUCUUCCCCUCAUCUCUUGGGACUCUGGUUCAGCCUCUGCUGGGAGGCUGAAGCUGACACUCUGGUGACCCGAACUCUAGAGUCAUGGCCUUUCAUCUUUUUGUUGCUGUUUUCCCAGAUGCUUAUCCCCAAGAAAGGGGCUGAGCAAGCUCAAGGCUGUGUGUUCCCUGGUCUCUGCCUUUGCACAUGUCUCCCUUGUCCUCUGGCAUUAUGGCAUUAUGGCAGCAUGACAAGGGGAGGAAAUACAUGGAAAAGGGGCCUAUGAUUUGUGGAUAGAGCUGUUUCUGUUCCUGAACUAGAAGUCUUCCCCAGCUCUGACGUGGUAGUGAGGUGAAGCAAAGAAAAAUAUAAAGAAAUACCACUUCAUAUUUUUAUAGCACUUCCACGUGAACCCUCUAAUCCCUUGUGACAUAGACUUGACAGGGAUUGUAUGCCUUCUUUAUGGAUGAGGAAAUUGAGAUUUUAGAAAGCUUAAUUAAUUAAAUAGCCCGUCUAAUUAGUGAGCAGCAGAACCUGGACUUGAACCUAGGUUUCCUUGCUUAAAUAUAGCAUACUUUCUACUCUACCAGUUGGGCAAGAAAGCAGAUACUGUUACAGGGGCAAGAGGUGAACUAGGUAAGAGUUCACCCAUGAAGAAUGAGUGCUCUGAAGAGCCAGUUACCCUGUGUUGGCUGCAAUGAAGCUCAUUACCUCUCUAGCCA